CCCACACACACGCACGCACGCACACACACAUACACACACAAAGUAAACCAGCAUUUCCUCCCUAUUUGCUCUCUGACUUCGUGACGUUUCUUUUGGCGCGCGCCCAUUGGUCAUCCUCCCCGCCCAUCUCGGUGACUGAUAGCCGUGCAGCGUCUGUCUCCUCCCCGCGGCAGCAAACACUAUUUGAGCUGAGACCGUCGAAUCGUUAUAGAGAACCGCUUCAGUGUCGUCAAUGGGAAGCGCGAGAGACGGUGGCAGCAGCGAGAGUUACGGUCCAGACUGAACCCGCAGCGGCACUAUGCUCCCCAGCUCCAGGUCCAGGUCCAGGUCCAGGUCCAGGUCCAGGUCCAGCUCCAGGUCCAGGUCCAGGUCCAGGUCCAGCUCCAGGUCCAGGUCCAGCUCCAGGUCCAGCUCCAGGUCCAGGUCCAGCCCGUGGCUUUGGAUUACGCCGUUCCUUCUCCUGUGCUGCCAUGCGGGCGGCGGUCGGGCGCAGAACGCCAAAGAAGUGAUUCUACUGGACUCGAAGGCGCAGCAGACAGAGCUGGAGUGGAUCUCCUAUCCUCCCAAUGGGUGGGAAGAGAUCAGUGGCUUGGAUGAAAACUACACACCCAUUCGUACCUACCAGGUCUGUAAAGUCAUGGAGCCCAAUCAGAACAACUGGCUUCGGACUAACUGGAUAGAGAAGGGCGAUGCCCAGAGAAUUUUUGUCGAGCUGAAGUUCACCUUGAGGGAUUGUAACAGCCUGCCUGGUGUGGUGGGUGCCUGCAAGGAGACGUUCAACCUGUAUUACCAGGAAACAGAUUCCGAGGUUGGCCGGGGCUUGAGGGAGAAUCAGUAUGUGAAAAUUGAUACAAUCGCGGCAGACGAGAGCUUCACCCAGGGAGACCUGGGCGAGAGGAAGAUGAAGCUGAAUACGGAGGUGCGCAUCAUCGGUCCACUGUCCAGGCGGGGGUUCUACCUCGCCUUCCAGGACGUCGGGGCAUGCAUCGCCCUGGUCUCUGUCAAAGUCUACUACAAGAAGUGCUGGUCGAUCAUUGAGAAUCUGGCCACCUUCCCAGACACGGUGACAGGAUCGGAGUUCUCCUCGCUGGUGGAGGUGGAAGGCAUGUGUGUGAAUGAUGCUGAGGAGGAGGCUGAUAACUCCCCCAAGAUGCACUGCAGCGCUGAAGGGGAAUGGCUCGUGCCCAUUGGGAAAUGUAUAUGCAAAGCUGGAUUUCAUCAGAAAGGAGAUGCUUGUGAGCCGUGUGGUCGUGGUUUCUACAAGUCUUCCUCUCAGGACCUCCAGUGCUCUCGCUGUCCGGCGCACAGCUUCAAUGACCGCGAGGGCUCGUGGCGCUGCGACUGUGAAGACGGCUACUACCGAGCGCUCUCUGACCCGCCAUCUGUGGCCUGCACAAGACCUCCCUCUGCGCCACAGAACCUGGUCUACAACAUCAACCAGACCACCGUUAAUCUGGAGUGGAGCCCACCAGCCGACACUGGCGGGCGGAACGACGUCACCUACAGGGUGAUCUGCCGCCGCUGCAGCUGGGAGCCUGAGGAAUGUGUAUCGUGUGGUCCAAAUGUGGGAUACUCCCCCGCACAGUCUGGAUUAGUGGACACUUACGUUAGCAUCACAGACCUGCUCGCUCAUGCCAACUACACCUUAGAGGUGGAAGCUGUCAACGGCGUGUCGGAUCUGAGCAGGACUCAGAGGCUGUUUGCAGCGGUCAGCAUUGCUACAGGUCAAGCAGCUCCCUCUCAGGUCAGUGAGGUCAUCAAGGAGAAUGUGCAGCAGCGCAGCAUCCAGCUGUCCUGGCAGGAGCCGCAGCAACCCAACGGCGUCAUCACCGAAUAUGAAAUCAAAUACUAUGAAAAAGACCAGAAGGACCGGAUCUACUCCACAGUGAGGUCUAGAUACACCUCUGCUACAGUGAACAACCUGAAGCCAAGCACAGCUUAUGUGUUCCAGAUCAGGGCUUUCACAGAGGCAGGAUAUGGAACCUUUGGACCCAGAUUGGAGAUAACAACAAAAGAAGAAGCCAGUGCUGCGAUUGUCUCCAGCGAGCAGAACCCCGUCAUCAUCAUAGCAGUGGUGGCCGUGGCGGGGACCAUCAUCCUGGUGUUCAUGGUGUUCGGCUUCAUCAUCGGGAGAAGGUACGCUCUCGCGGGCCCCAUUGACUCUCCGCUCCUGCACUGUGGGUACAGCAAAGCCGAUCAGGAGGGGGAUGAGGAGCUCUACUUUCAGUUUAAAUUUCCAGGCACCAAAACCUACAUUGACCCUGAAACCUACGAGGACCCGAACAGAGCUGUCCAUCAGUUUGCCAAGGAGUUGGAUGCCUCCUGCAUAAAAAUCGAACGAGUUAUUGGAGCAGGAGAGUUCGGGGAGGUGUGCAGUGGUCGACUGAAGCUGCCUGGAAAGCGGGACGUGUCGGUCGCCAUCAAAACACUGAAAGUGGGCUACACAGAAAAGCAGAGGCGGGACUUCCUGUGUGAGGCCAGCAUUAUGGGGCAGUUUGACCAUCCCAAUGUGGUCCAUCUGGAGGGAGUGGUGACAAGAGGAAAACCGGUCAUGAUCAUCAUCGAGUACAUGGAGAAUGGCUCAUUAGAUGCUUUCCUCAGGAAGCACGACGGUCAGUUCACAGUCAUCCAAUUGGUGGGAAUGCUGCGGGGCAUAGCAGCGGGAAUGAGAUAUCUGGCUGAUAUGGGCUAUGUCCAUCGAGACCUGGCUGCGCGGAACAUCCUCGUCAACAGCAAUCUCGUAUGUAAAGUCUCAGACUUUGGCCUGUCAAGGGUGAUAGAGGACGAUCCCGAGGCUGUCUACACAACAACUGGAGGUAAGAUUCCCGUCCGGUGGACAGCACCAGAAGCCAUCCAGUAUCGUAAAUUUACCUCUGCGAGCGACGCGUGGAGUUACGGCAUCGUCAUGUGGGAGGUCAUGUCCUACGGGGAGCGGCCGUACUGGGACAUGUCCAAUCAAGAUGUCAUAAAGGCAAUAGAUGAAGGCUACCGACUCCCAGCGCCCAUGGACUGCCCUCCAGGCUUGCACCAGCUAAUGCUGGACUGCUGGCAGAAAGACAGAGCCGAGCGUCCAAAGUUUGAUCAGAUUGUUGGCAUCUUGGAUAAAAUGAUCCGCAACCCUAACACCUUGAAAACCCCAGUGGGCACAUGUACAAGACCAAUUAGCCCCCUCUUAGAUCAGAGCACACCAGACUUCACCACUUUUCGCUCAGUAGGAGAGUGGCUGGAAGCCAUCAAGAUGGAGCGAUACAGAGACAACUUCACUGCAGCCGGCUACAGUUCCUUGGAGUCUGUAGCCAGGAUGUCAAUAGAGGAUGUGAUGAGCUUAGGAAUCACACUAGUGGGCCACCAAAAAAAGAUCAUGAGCAGCAUACAGACUAUGAGAGCCCAGAUGCUGCACCUUCAUGGUACAGGAGUCCAGGUGUGACACGCUGCGACGGGACGCCUCUGUCAGGGUAAAAACACUAAGGCAGGACUAAUCUGGAGCAGCGCCUGGUCAAAGUACACGGAUAUCUGCUGUGUCUGACUCCUACUGCUUCUGGAGGGAAAUCAUUUCUUUGUUCCUCAGCGAAGGAAUGAGGUCUGUUUCUUCAAAGGGCACUAAAGAGAGGAAAGGGCAAAAAGCAGCGACAAAAAUCAACUACCUGUAUGAGAUAACUUGUUUUUCUUUCUUAUUUGUAGACACGCUUAAGAACUCAACCACAUAUCAAGGGGUGAGUCGGAAAGGAGUUUUAUGAUGAAAUUAAGGGCACACCAUAGAUGUGAAUUUCCUUUACAAAUAAAAAAAAACUUGCUUUGGUU